UUAAAAUUAAUCAUAUAUUAUUUGGUUUCUAUAUGCCAAAUAUAUUAAAACGAUUGUGUAACUGUGCUGAUAAUAAGCUACAAUAAAAUUUAGAGCUAAGUGUGGUGUCAACCAAUGCAGCCAAAGCCUACUGAUGUCGACUAUGAUAAUGCUGAUGAUAAGUACAGUCUGCAAUAUGAACAACUGCUUGAUGAGCCGUUAGAUAUGGAGAGGAAACAAAGUCAAUUACAAAGCCACAACGACGACUGUAACAAAUAAUAAAAACAAGAAGAACAAAAAAUCAUAAAUUAAAUAUAAAUUAACAACGCCAAAGGCUAAAGUAACCAAUAAACAAUAACAAAAGCGAAGCAAAAGUAUUAAUUUUAAGCUAUAUUAGGCAUUUAAGCAAAAAGACUCAAAAUGACGGUGGACUUUAAUGAUUACUUUUGGGGAGAGAAAAACAAUGGCUUCGAUGUGCUCUAUCAUAAUAUGAAGCAUGGUCUGGUGGCCAGCAAGGAGCUGUCCGAGUUUCUGCGCGAGAAAUCCAACAUUGAGGAGCAAAACUCUAAAAUGAUGUCCAAGCUUGCGCACAAAGCUAGCACAGGCACAUUGAACAGUACCUUUGCACCGGUGUGGACUAUCUUGCGUACAUCGGCGGAAAAGUUGUCCACAUUGCAUUUGCAAAUGGUGCAGAAGCUAACCGAGCUGGUGAAGGAUGUGGCUAAAUAUGCCGAUGAGUUGCAUAAGAAACAUAAGUGCGUCAAAGAGGAGGAGUCCCAGACGCUGGAGUGCGUGCAGGCCAUUCAAACGUCCACGGUAGCCGUGCAAAAGUUGCGUGAUUUGUACGCUAGUAAAGUGCUGGAGCUGGAGAAGCUGCGCAAGGACAAUGGCUCACAAAAGGAUGCCGAGAAGCUGGAAAGUAAGCUAAAGAAAUUGCAAGAAGAGUACAAAACGCUGCUGGAUAAACAUAAUCCCAUCAAAAAUGAAUUUGAGCGACGUAUGACCCAAACUUGCAAACGUUUCCAAGAGAUCGAAGAAGUUCACUUGCGUCAAAUGAAAGAAUUUCUAUCCACAUAUCUGGAAAUGUUGCAGAACAAUCAUGAUAUGGUGGGUCAGGUGCAUUCCGACUUUAAGCGACAAUUUGUGGACAUGUCUGUGGAUAAGCUGCUCGAGCAGUUUGUGCUCAACAAAUACACCGGACUGGAAAAACCGGAGAUGCUUGAACUGGAAUUUGUGCCUUUAUCCAGCGGUGCACGUCUGCAACAGCCACAGCAGGCAUCCAAUUCGAAUUCGGCAGCCAGCAUACAAGCAGCGUUGCGUACGGGUGGCGCUGCAGCAGCUGCAGCAUCUGGCAGUCUAGUUUCUAUGGAUCAGCGUGGUGGGAGCAAUGCGGAUGCCUUGGCAGGCAUUUCUUUGGGCAGUGACAGUGCGGCUAGUGGCAGCAUAGCCUAUGCAGAUGAUGCCAUAUUGGGCAGUGGAGCUGGUGCUGGUGCUGGGUCACCGCGACCCACAUCACCGGAAACUCUAAGCGCUACGCAACCAACACAAGCGAGUGCGGGCAGCUCAACUGUUAAGAGUCUGCGCUCCUGGUUUAUGCCCACAGCGAAUAAACAGCAGCAGCAGCAGCAGAAUUCCAAUAGUGGUGCAACUGGAAAUUUCGGUAUGCCAGCCAACAGCAGCAACAACAGUUCGAACAACACAAACAUCACAACGACAGCAACAGCAAUAACAGCUGUAGCUGCAACAAGCAACAGCAACAACUCGAACACCAACAACACAACAACUGGCAAGAUUAAUUUCACCAACAAUGUCACCAAUAAAAAUUCCCUUAACUCAGAGCUUCAGGAUAAUAGUAAUCAAGAUCAACAACAGCCGCUUGAGACCUUCACGCCAACUGCCACAGCAGCUGGUCGAAAGCAAUUGAAUGCAACGACAAGUGAUCAACAUUUAUCGAAAUCAUUAAACGAGCAAGAUCAUCUCAAUCACCAACAACAACAACAACAACAACAGACUGCAGUGGGUAAUAACGCAGCCACGACAACAGCAACAGCAACAACAACGUCCAGACGUACAACGUCACUUUUAAAUAUAUUUACAUCAAACUCUCAGGUUUCUGGAAUUUUGCGCAGCAGACGCGAUAAGACAAAAACCAAAAAAUCCAAAAAGAAGAAAGACAACGAAGCCGCCGAUAAUAUACAAGAGGAGCGUAUGGUUAGUGCGGAACGCGGCAACAACACGCUGCUGGAUUAUGAUGAUCAUGGGCGCAGCAUGAAGACGCAAAACUCCAGUGGCAGCAGCGCAGGUGGUGGCCUAGCUGCAUUAUCGGCUGCAUCAGCGCAGGGCAGCGUAGACUCAGCAGGUGCAAGCAGCAUGGGUGGCAGUGGUGGCGCCGCGGGUGUUGCUGGUAGUGGGCAAGCAAAUGUCGGCGCUGCAGCAGCAGCAACAACUGCGGGUGCUGCUGCGACAAAUGCUGGGGGUGCUGGUGGUGGCUAUGAGGUAGAUGAGGAGGGCUUUAGCAUACAGCCAGCCAAGGAGAUUGCCUGGGAGGAGGGACAAGACAAAUCGGGCAGCUUCUACUCGGACUCGGACACAGACUCUGACAAUGAUAAGCAGGAGCGACGAAUUCAUGUGAAGAUAAAGCCGCUAAACAAUGGACAGGCGCCCAUGUCGGCCAGUGUAGAUGAGUUGCGUGCCACCGUGGAGAAUAUUUCACUGUCGCCUACGGGAAUUUUUGCUCAUCACAGCCAGCAGAUUCAAGGCGCCACGCGUGGUGCUGUUGUCUCGCGGCAACAAUCGCCAGAGGUAUCGAAUGCCUCAACGCCAACAGCCAGCGUACAUCCGUAUGCGCCGCUGCAGAGUCCCACGCUCUCUAAUAACAAUCCCAGCAAUGUGGGGCACAAUCGUUAUGCGGAUCUUGGCGAUAUAUUCUCUGAGCUGGGUGAUGUCAGUGUCUCGGCACCAGCUUCCGCAACCUUGACUAAACCGCCAAGUCGUCAGAUACCAACGCCUACUUCAGCUGGUAGCAGCAUAGCCAUACCACGACCGCCGUCGCGUCGCUCAGAUAUGAUUGCCAUAGGACCAGCUGCCUCGGCAGCAGCAGCAGCAGCAGCAGCAGCAGCAGCAGCGUCGGCGGCGGCAGCAGCAGCUGCAGCUGCUAAUAAUGUAGGACGUGGCCGCAUGAGUCCGGGGCCUGCUAUGAAUCGAGCGGAUAGCAUUGGCAGUCUAGAGUUUCGCACGGCUAUUGGCGGCAUGGGCUCAUCGCGUGGUCCAUCGCCACUGACCAUUGGUAUAUCGGACACUAUACCGCUGGCCGUGGCAUUCCAUGAGAUUAUACACGCCUACUUCCGAGGCAGCGAUGAGUCGCGCUGUCAGGUAAAGGUGUCUGGUGAUAUGAUGUUAUCAUUCCCAGCCGGCGUUGCCGGCUUGCUAGCCAAUAAUCCAAAUCCAGCUAAGCUGGGCUUUCGCAUUAAGAAUGUACAAAAUCUGGAAAAUAUUGUGCCUAACGGCAAACUUGUGCAACUAGAUCGUCAACAGUCCACUGCCGUGAGCACGGUGCUGGAGUUUAAUAUGCCAGCAUUAACAGCAUUGCUGCGUCGCCAGGCGGAGAACAACCCAACAGCCUCGUAUUUCAAUGUCGACAUACUAAAGUAUCAGGUGCGCACCAAGCCAGGCGCGAGCUCGUGUCCUUUCCAGCUGGUUAGCUAUUGGAAGUGUGAGCCCAGCUAUACGGCGCUCAAGGUUGACUACAAGUAUAAUAAUCAUGCAAUGGCCAAUGCAUCACCUUUGCUGAAUGUAACGCUCGCUGUGCCCGUCAAUGGAUCUGUGCGCAAUGUGCAGGCCAAGCCGCAUUCCUCCUGGCUAGGAGAGUCGAAUCGUUUGGUUUGGAACUUUACGGAUAUAUCGCAGAAUUCGCAGGAUGGCGGCGUUGGCACGUUGCGUGCACGACUUGAACUCAACGAUGGGCCGUCAACGCCGGCAAUGCUGGUUACCCAGUUCAAUUGCGAGGGCACAACGCUUUCGGGCAUCGAAUUUGAGCUGCAGGGGAGUGGCUAUCGUUUGUCUUUGGUCAAGCGUCGUUUUGUUUCUGGCAAAUAUGUUUGUGAAGGCGACGGUGUGCGAAGCGGUGCCACACCCACACCACCCUCAGUGGGUUCUACCAGUCCGUAUUCGGCCAAAUCGAAUUAGGCUCGUGAGAAAGUAAAGAAAAAACUAGCGAAAUUUGUUACUAAAGUAAUGUGCUACGAAAUUAUAACCAUAAAGAAGGUCGAUCGGUAGCACUUGGACAGAACAUCCACGAUCACUGUGGCUCGUUUAUUAUGUAUUUUUGUAUCACUUGUACUGUUGAAGCUCUUGAAGCACUGGCAACGUCUACAACUGGAUGUAUUAUUUGUUAUAUUUA